CAUGGAUCAUCUUCUCCAAACACUGGUGCCUAUAGCAGCAGCAUGCUUCAGGGGAGGUCCCUUAGAGACUCAAGAAACCUCUCUGAAAAAAAUGCCAGGAAAUCAUUCACAGCCAAAGCUCUGCUCAUAGCAUGUGGAGUGAGAUGCGUCCUGUCACCACGACCCUCCAAAAGCUCCACAUCACCAGCCCAUAAAGACGAGAGAGACCGAGCUCAUUCCAUCUCUGCAGGAGGACAGAAGUACAGUAGAGACUGUGUUGAAACAGAGGGUGAGCUGAAGGUAUGGGAUGCAUUCACUGUGAUAAAAAGAACUGAGGAGAGAGAGCGAGCGAGAAGCAGUACACACAGACACAGAGUCCCGCUGGAUUCAAGCCAGCGGCCUUCCACUGUCCCACUGGAUAAUCAGACGGGACGCCGAGCACUACGCACACCAGAAACUCCCAUGUGCGAGAUUAUCUGGAGAAGAAAACAUGAACAACCUCAGCAUUUUAAUGAAGAUGAGCGUCCCAAUCUGACCCCAUUACUACAUCUCUACCUGCCUUCAUCAUAUCAGCCGCAGGAGCAGGGAGAAGAUACACCGGGACAGGAAAACAGCAGCUCAGAGGUUCACGGGAAGCAAGACGUCACCGAGGAACCCAGAGAGCGUGACAUCACCACGGAGAACCAAAAACAAGACCUCACCAUCAAUAAAACAGAAGAUGAAGGACAGAAUGGUUUCACAGAUGGCAUACGAUAUGAUAUUACAGAUACCUGGGAGAAUGACAUACAGAAAGACACUCCUGAGGAAACUUUUGAGACUGACCCGACUGAGGGAAAACGUCCACAGGACAUCACAGAUGACAACAGACAACAUGAAAUCACGGGAAAUCAAUGCGAUGUUGACAAAUCUUUUAAUAUCGUAGAAGACAAACAAGCAUAUGACUUAACAGAGAAGACUGAAGGAACAGAUGGGAUAUACAGGAGAAGCAGAUCUAACAGAAGUCUACACAAAGCAUCUGAUGCCAGACUCAUGGUCAAAACACGUUAUCUAGCCACAGCUACAGCGCUAACGUUCCCGUCUCCCAUGACCCGAGAAAAUCCCUCUCCCGCUCUUAGCGUCCUGCCAUCGUUUUAUGGAACUUCAUUUGGCUAUCGCAUCAGAACGACGUCUGAACCGUGCCGAUCCAAAACAAGGAGCAGAAACGCCUGUGAUGAUGACAGCAGAUUCACACAGCCCACGAAUGACAUGCAACAUUCCAUAGAAAUAAAAGGAAACCCCUGCUUACUGCAAACAAGGGCUGGAGCGCCAGGCGGCCCCCACCCCAAAAUAAUGAGCACUGAGAGGGGGUCCCAGCCUCGUAAAAUGAAAACCAGCAAGAUGUUUUUGUGGGGACCAGAGGGGCCCCGAGAGACUAAGGCUGUGUGUGAGCUAUACAGAGCUGUGAACAGGUGGAGAAGCCAGGAUCAGGUCUGAGAGGGGCCUUUCAUUCCUUUCCAAUACAGAAAAUCUGCUUUGCAAAAAAAUGUUUGAUUGAAUCAAAGCAGAACAGACUGAUACAUUAGACCACUUUGGGUUUAACAACUCGAAUGUGUUAUGGCUUUGAGAAGAACUGCUUUAGCACUGGCUCCACGGUUCAGCGAGAAAGUGUGAUAGACUUUUUUAGGUUUCCUGACACCCAUCUGGUGUUCCUCAGUGAAUGGCAAUUAAGGGAUAUUGACAAGAAAGAUUAUGAUCCAUUGAAAAUAAAAUCCCUGCAUGUUAGGUCUCUCUCACUCUGACUUGAUAUAACAUCAUCUAAAUUUGUAACUGAAUCCAAGAAUCAUGUCUGGCGACUGUCUUUCAGCACUGGGGAAUGAUAUAAUGAUAUAUAUUUUGAAGGCUGAAAAGAAAAAUGCCUCUGCAGCUGUUGAUUAUGAAACUAAAUGACAUAUUUAAGUGAUGUGUUGAGCAGACUAAAUGUUCAAUUACAGACACUGUGAUAUUAGUUUCAUGAGUUGUUUUGUCAACAUAUCCUUAUAAUAUCUCAAUAUAUCUAUAAACUAUACCCUAUACACUACAAUGUUCAAAAGUUUUGCGUCAGUCAGAUUUAAAUACUUUUUUUUUAAAUUAUCUAAUGUCUAGCAAGCCUGCAUUUAUUUGAUCAGAAUACAGCAAAAACAAUAAUGCUGUAAAAAUAUAAAAGAAAAAAGAGUUUUCUAUUUGAAUAUAUUUUUAAAUGUAAUUUAUUCCUGUGGUCAAAGCUGAUUUUUCAGCAUUAUUACUCCAGUCUUCAGUGAUUCUUUAGAAAUCAUUCUAAUAAGCUGAUUUGCUGCUUAAGAAACACUUUAUUAUUAUGAUACAUCUUAUUAUUAGCAAUAUUGAAAACGGCUUAGCAUUUUUGCUGGAAACUGAUACUUUUUCAGAAUUUUGGGAUGAACAUAAUGUUGAUAUAUAUUUCUCUAAAUCACAGUCAUUCUUUUUAGACUGAUUUAUUAUAUCCAUAUGCUACUGCUGUAAUAUGUUGAAUGAAUUAUUCAGAUUCUGAACUUGUACAAAAAGUGUCAGCAACUUGAGACUUUCGUCAAUGCCAUCAAUGAUCUGAUUAAAUGAAAACUACAUUGAUAUAAAGCAGCAGGGUUGUGUGGAAAUCCAGAGGUCUCUGACUCCCAGUGAUCUGCAGCUAUUUCAUCAAAGUAACAUGUGAGUUCAGCAUCUUUUUUUAGAGUCCAUUUACUUGACAAAUUAGGUUACUUGCUUGUUUUAAGUUUGUUUUAAUGAAUCUAAUUAUUUAUUAUAAGGCAAUGAAUGGCGUCAUCACGCUAUGUCUCACAUUGUCAAAUAGCAUGGAAAAGAAGAAAAGGUUUUGAAAAUGUUGUAAACAAAUAAAACAAAUUUGUUCAAGAUGGUGUUCGGGUUUGAUCUUUGAUCCAUCUGUGAAAUGUAAUACGUACACAUUAGAUUUCCUAGGAUGAACUGUAUAACAUUAAUAUGAGAACAUCUGCUGCCCUCUAGUGGUCACUGGCUGCUGUUGGCCAGAGAAAAGCUCCCUUAAACCUGGGG